AACAAACAUGAGUCAUCUCAUUAUUGUAAUUGAAGUAAGUAGCACAAAGUACAAACGACGACAGAACAGAGAGAGAGACAAAGGUUUUAACUAUUUUAGAGAGAGAGAGAGAGAGAGAGAUUAUUAUAAUAAAAGUGGUGAGUUACAGAGACACUCAGACGGACAGACAGUCGGACGUUUUUUCCGAACGGAAAGAUCUGAAGUUUGUUUUAGCUCUCAACAUACAGAUUGAUUCGUAAUGGAAGGUGAAUCGCCGGACCAGGAAUCAAUAGGGUCUGGAACAAAAAGGUCUAGCGUAUCAUCUAGCAGUAGGUCUCAGAGUCGCAAGGACUUCUUUCAUAGAUUUGUGGAUAGUAAAGGCCUGACCUCAAAGCUUGAAGACUGGUUUGAUUCAUUAUUUGAAAAUUCGGCAGCACAUACACCUGCCUUUGAUGUUCCUUUUGAGUUGAUAGAACUUCAAAAAUUUGAUUAUGCAUUGGAAGGGAUUGCAUUUCAACAGCUGAUUCGGAUGCCCAAUGCUGUUUAUGCUUCCACUUCUGAUGCUGUGGAAGCAACUGUUUAUCUUGCAAUUGAAGACUUUUUACAUGCGAGUGUGAAGGGCUUGUGGGAGGCAUUUUGGAGUCAGGAUGAGCCUAUGCCUUUCUCGGUUGCUUGUCUGUCCAAUGCUAACUUGAAAUUCUACCAGGCUGAGAAGGCAAUUGCUAACGGAAAGCUUGGAGGCCUUUGUGCCACUGGUAUAAUGCUUAAAAAUCCUAGACAUCCCCACGGGACGUGGGACCAUAUUCUUGAACUGGCUCUUCUGAGGCCUGAUAUUGGAAGCCUUGCUGCAGAUAGUGACCGGCAGCCUUCUCUCUCUGUUCUAGGGGAGGCCCUUUUCUAUGCUCUUCGUAUGCUACUAGCAAGAAGUUUAAGCAGAUUAAAUUUCUCUGAGAGUUCAAACACUGUCUUUGUUCUUCUUGUUGACUCUCAAUAUGGAGGGGUUGUAAAAGUUGAAGGAGAUGUACAUAAGUUGGAAUGUGAUGCGAAUAAUGUUUAUGAAUGUGCUGCUGAAUGGAUAAAAAACCAUUCUAGAAUUGCAGUCUCUCCAAUUGAUAGGAUAUGGAACAAACUUGGAAAUGCAAAUUGGGGAGAUAUUGGUGCGUUACAGGUACUCUUUGCCACCUUCCACUGUAUCGUGCAGUUUGCUGGAAUGCCCAAACACUCCAUUGAGGAUUUAGCUGCUGAUCAUGGUUCUCGCCUUCAAACAAGAAGAGUGGAGAGGGAGUUGGAGGAUACAAGAGUGAAUGGAAAUGGUAUAUUUCGGUACAAGAAGCGCACUGUUACCCCUGAAAUUGUUGAAGUUCAAGAAGAUUCCAAUAAUAUUCAGUCUGAAGAAAUGAUGAAGUUAGAAGUAGGAUCUGUAUUAUGGUUAGAGGAUUCUAACUGGCAGAAGGGUUAUCAGAUUAACAAAGCCUUGAGUACCUCUGAAUUCUCAUAUUACAUUGCAUCUCCUGUAGAAGACCCAGGAAAAAGUCUGUUUCUAUAUGUUGGUUCUCACCCUUCUCAGCUGGAACCAGCAUGGGAAGAUAUGAAUUUAUGGUAUCAAGUUCAGAGGCAGACAAAAAUAUUGACUAUAAUGAAACAGAAAGGUCUAUCUUGCAAGUAUCUGCCACAGUUGAGUGCAUCUGGCAGGAUUAUUCACCCUGGUCAGUGUCGAAGACCCAGCUCAGGAGGAAACUGUGACCACCCUUGGUGUGGCACUCCAAUUCUUGUGACCAGCCCAAUUGGUGAAACAGUGGCUGACAUGGUAAGUGAAGGUCGAUUUGGUUCAGAGGAGGCAAUCAGGUGUUGUCAUGAUUGUUUAUCUGCACUUUCGACUGCUGCUUCUGCUGGAAUUCGGCAUGGAGACAUCAGGCCAGAGAAUGUAAUUUGUGUGAGGUCUAGUGUGAGACAUCCUUAUUUUGUUCUUAUUGGUUGGGGACAUGCUAUUCUUGAAGACAGGGACCGCCCUGCCAUGAAUCUUCAUUUCUCAUCAACUUAUGCUCUUCAGGAGGGAAAGCUGUGCUCAGCUUCAGAUGCUGAGAGCCUGGUUUAUAUGCUUUAUUAUUCCUCUGGUGGGACUUUUCCUGAUCUGGAUUCAGUUGAGGGGGCACUUCAGUGGAGAGAGACAUCUUGGUCGAGGAGGUUGAUUCAGCAGAAGCUUGGUGAUGUCUCAACUGUUUUGAAAGCAUUUGCUGAUUAUGUGGACAGUCUGUGUGGAACGCCAUAUCCAAUGGACUAUGAGAUAUGGCUAAGAAGGUUAAAAAGAAACAUUCGUGAGGAAGAUUAUGGGAAGGAAAUUGACACAUCAGGCUAGGAUAUUUUCAAUUGGCCACACCAUCUCAAAUGAAUCCUCAAAUCAUUUUUUACAUUAUCUAUUCAUGACGCUGGACACUAUGGAGUUCUGGUGGAUGUCUCUGAAUCAUGAUGUCAGUUGCUUCAACUCAUUCAAGGAUCUGGAUUUUGUUUUACUUGUGACAGAAUGUUGGUUUGAAAUUUACAAGAAUGGUUUGGUUGUGUCCUGCAUGAAGCAGCUUGAUCAUGAUUGUAUAUCUGGGUGUUGGUUGUGCCAUUUACUGUCUGGAUAUCUCAGGGACUGCUGUCUGGUAUAUGCAUGGAUGAGCCAAAGUGUCGGGUUUUCCAGAAUGUCUGGAUAGAGUGUUCUUUUGGAUUGGGUUUUUUCAGACGUUGCCCGCAUAAAUUAGGCAUUGCAGCUCCCUAAUUAUGUAGAGAAUCAAGAAGAUCAUUGCUUUCAGCUCUUGUGAGUUUCUUAUGGAUAUAUUCUGUAUUAAUUCCAACCAUUCCUUUGUAAAGAUAUGAGUCAUUCAGAUUGCCCUGAAGUUGGUGUAAUUGUGAGGUAUUAGACUGGAUUUGGGUAGUCUGCUUUGUUCAGGGCAUCACCUUGUCUGUAAAUGUGUUAUUAGUUCCUUUGUUUUUGUUCUCCUUUUCUUUUUGGGUGAGGUGGGGAGGGGAGGCAAGGUGAGGUGUCCAUGGGAUUUUAAUUGAGCCCUUAGAACCAGCAUUAUUUGGUCAGUUGAGUCUCUAAUCUAUAGUUCAAAUUUACUUUUCACAA